AUGGCCAUCGAUCUGGCCCAUCUGAGCCCUCGAUUGGUGCGAGUCCGGCGAGGACCAGCGAUUAUGAUCGACACCACCACUUUGGAACUUCACAAGACACGCUUCCAUCCCACGGACGCAACCAACAAGCUCAAGGACUCGGAGCCUGGUGUGAGGGAUUUAGAGAAGAAGUUCCUCGAGAGCUUCCACAGCGUUUUGGAGAGAUGCAAUUUCCAGCAGCUAACCGAGAAGGAGUGGAGUGAGGCCAAGCACAGCAAGUAUCUCCUCCGGUUUAAAAUCGGUUACAACAAAUCCAAGCUAGACAACCAGUUGCUACAAAAUGCUCCUGGGGGAAACAACGUGUUUGAGAACUUAUUUUUGAUUUACCACCGGGGUGUUGGGAUCGACACCUCGAAAGGAUUCUAUUUUAUGCCAAAGCUUAGCGUGUUAUGGUGGAGCUUGUGGAGAACUCUACUGGAAUCAUUGUAA